AUGGCAAAGCAUAAUUUCCAUGCGAUUGCCCUAUUGUUCAUGGUAGCAAUGUCAUCUAUUGUUGUGAGAGGAAACAACAUUCUUGUCGGUGCAUAUUAUGGAUCUGAGGGUAACAACCUCCCACCACCAUGGAAGGUGGUGCAACUCUGUGAAAAAUACAACAUUCGUCGCAUUCGAUUCAAUGAACCAAAUCUCGAUAUUCUCGAACAGUUUCGUGGCACAAAUAUCGAAGUCUCUUUUAGCGUACCGGGCGAGUUGAUAUCAAACCAGGCGACCAAUCACACGGCGGUGGAGGAGUGGUUUGUCAAGUACGUCGUACCAUUCAUCGGCGAGUUCACCAUCAACUACAUCGUUGUUGGUGACAAGGUCAUACCGGGACUGGACGACAACAUAUUGCCUGUCAUGAGAUCCCUUCAAGAUCUCCUCAACAGUCGUUACCUCGGACAAGUGAAAAUCACCACGAUGGUUGGCUUAACCGCUUUGGGGGUUCAAAGCCCUCCAUCUAGUGGCGCUUUUGACCCAAACGUUCUUGAGAACAUGAAAGGAAUCCUUAAGUUCUUAUGGGGACAAGGCUCGCCUUUGAUGCUUAGCUUAUAUCCCUAUGAUGCAUAUGCUUACACGGGAUACACAAAUAAUAUAAGUUUGGGUUAUGCAACAUUCACUUCCCAAACAGAACAAAACCCCCCGAUACGAACUGACGGGGACUUAAGUUAUAACAACAUCUUUGAUGAAAUGGUGGAUGCCUUUCAUGCCGCAAUCGAUAAGGCAUGUGUUGGAGAUGUCGCCAUUGCAAUUGGGGAAACCGGGUGGCCGACCAACGGGAAUUAUGGUGCAGGCCCAUCGCUUGCACUUACGUACAAUUUGAAUUUUAAGAAUCAUAUUACCUCUGGGAAGGGGACACCAAUGAAGCCAAAUAUUUAUAUUGAAGGAUUUAUCAGAAGUUUAUUCAAUGAGAAUGAAAAGCCAGAAGGGGAGUCACAAUUUUAUGGCAUGUUCCAUGUUGAUUCCACACCUAUUUAUCCGUCGGUGUUUGAUUGA